CUCUGUAUUAGGGUUUCCGAGCAUUCUGGAAGUUGAGAUCCCAGAUCUUUGGUGGGUAUAAAUAGUCGCGUUUAGGAGGCACCCUACUUCUAUCAAGCUUAACACUCCACAGUCUUCAGUUAAUUAUUACACGGACGCUAAACGUAGAGGAAAGCAAUGGCCGGAAAGGGUGAAGGACCGGCCAUCGGGAUUGAUCUAGGAACAACUUACUCCUGUGUCGGAGUCUGGCAACACGAUCGUGUGGAGAUUAUCGCGAACGACCAAGGAAACAGAACCACGCCGUCCUAUGUUGCUUUCACUGACAGCGAGCGUCUCAUUGGCGAUGCCGCCAAGAAUCAGGUCGCCAUGAAUCCUACGAACACUGUUUUUGACGCAAAGCGAUUGAUUGGUAGAAGAUUAAACGAUGCAACUGUGCAGAGUGACAUAAAGUUGUGGCCAUUUAAGGUCAUUGCUGGUCCUGCUGAUAAGCCCAUGAUUGUUGUCAACUACAAAGGUGAAGAGAAGCAGUUUGCUGCUGAAGAGAUAUCUUCAAUGGUGCUCAUCAAGAUGAGAGAGAUUGCUGAGGCUUACCUGGGUUCAACGGUGAAGAACGCAGUUGUCACUGUUCCUGCCUACUUUAAUGAUUCUCAGCGUCAGGCAACCAAGGAUGCCGGAGUCAUAGCUGGUCUUAAUGUUAUGCGUAUCAUUAAUGAACCUACUGCUGCUGCCAUUGCUUAUGGUUUAGACAAGAAAGCCACCAGUGUUGGUGAGAAGAAUGUAUUGAUCUUUGAUCUUGGUGGUGGAACCUUUGAUGUAUCCCUACUUACCAUUGAAGAGGGUAUCUUUGAGGUAAAGGCAACCGCUGGUGAUACCCAUCUAGGUGGUGAGGAUUUUGACAACAGAAUGGUCAAUCACUUUGUUCAGGAAUUCAAGAGGAAGAACAAAAAAGACAUCACAGGAAAUCCUAGGGCACUUAGGAGGUUAAGAACAUCUUGUGAGAGGGCGAAACGUACACUUUCAUCCACUGCCCAGACCACAAUUGAGAUUGACUCCCUCUUUGAAGGCAUUGAUUUUUACUCCACCAUCACGCGUGCCAGAUUUGAAGAACUGAACAUGGACCUCUUUAGAAAGUGCAUGGAGCCUGUGGAAAAGUGCUUGAGGGAUGCUAAGAUGGACAAGAGCAGUAUUGAUGAUGUUGUUCUUGUGGGUGGGUCUACUAGGAUUCCAAAGGUUCAGCAACUGCUGCAGGACUUCUUCAAUGGCAAAGAGCUCUGCAAGAGCAUCAAUCCUGAUGAGGCUGUUGCCUAUGGUGCUGCAGUGCAAGCUGCCAUCUUGAGUGGAGAGGGUAAUGAGAAGGUUCAAGACUUGCUUCUCCUGGAUGUCACCCCGCUUUCUCUUGGUUUGGAAACUGCGGGUGGGGUGAUGACUGUCUUGAUUCCGAGAAAUACAACCAUUCCAACAAAGAAGGAACAGGUGUUCUCCACCUACUCUGAUAACCAGCCUGGUGUGUUGAUUCAGGUGUAUGAAGGUGAAAGGACGAGGACGCGUGACAACAACUUGCUUGGAAAGUUUGAGCUCUCUGGCAUCCCUCCUGCCCCAAGGGGGGUACCACAGAUCACAGUCUGCUUUGACAUUGAUGCAAAUGGAAUCUUGAAUGUCUCAGCUGAGGACAAGACCACUGGACAGAAGAACAAGAUCACUAUCACCAAUGACAAGGGGCGCCUCUCCAAGGAUGAGAUUGAGAAGAUGGUUCAGGAGGCGGAGAAGUACAAGUCGGAGGAUGAAGAGCACAAAAAGAAGGUGGAGGCAAAGAAUGCCUUGGAGAACUACUCUUACAACAUGAGGAACACCAUUAAUGAUGACAAGAUUGGGUCUAAGCUUUCUGCAGCUGACAAGAAGAAGAUUGAGGAUGCCAUUGAGGCAACCAUCCAGUGGCUGGAGGGGAACCAGCUGGCAGAGGCAGAUGAGUUUGAGGACAAGAUGAAGCAGCUGGAGAGCACUUGCAACCCAAUCAUUGCCAAGAUGUACCAGGGUGAUGGUGGCGGCAUGGGAGGGCCAGACAUGGAGGACGAUGUCCCCCCCACUAGUGGAAGCACCGCUGGCCCCAAGAUUGAGGAGGUCGAUUAAGUUUUAUCAAGGUGUUGCCCUGCUGUGUUGUGUUUUGGUCAUUCAUUGUUUUCUCAAGUCCCUUUAGGGAUCCUAUCAUUCUUGAUUAAUUAUGGUGAUGAACUUUUUGUACCUGUUUUGUUUCAUAUGCUCCCUUUAGGGGUAUAAAUAUUUUGUUUGCAGAAAAAACAUUUUUCUUGCUGCUAAUUUUUCUAGUAGCAAUGUUUCAAAUGCUCCCUGUAGGGAUUACUAAGAUCUUAUAAAACAUCGAAGUAAAACCCUCUGUGUCC